UUUAUCAGCAAAUUUAAAGCUGGAGCUGAACCGUUUUUAAGGUGGAAUGGAAGUAAAUAAAGAUGAAGCAGAACGGUGUUUUGAAAUUGCUAAGAAAAGAUGGAAAGAAGGAGAUCAUGAAGGAGCUAUUAAAUUUGCUAAGAAGUCAAGUUCAUUAUUUUCAACGGGAGAAGUUAAAGAAUUUAUAAGAUUUCUUGAGAAAUUAUCAGAAAAAAAGGGAACAGAAUCAAAAAAAGAAGAGACAUUAGGUGGAAAAAAGGGAACCAGUGGUUCGGAAGGUUUUUCUAAAAAAUCCGGGAUUUCAAGGGAAUCUAAGGGGUCAGAAGGGUCAAGCGGAAGUAGGGAAUUUACGGCGAAACAGAAGGCAGUAGUAGAUCGAGUUAGAAAAUGUAAACAUACGGCAUAUUAUGAGAUUUUGGAUAUUAAAAAGGAAGCGAAUGAUUCGGAAAUUAAGAAAUCCUAUCGAAAAUUAGCUUUAUUACUUCAUCCGGACAAGAAUGGUGCGCCAGGAGCAGAUGAAGCGUUUAAACUUGUUUCGAAGGCAUUUCAGGUGCUUUCUGAUCCUCAGAAACGUAUGAUAUAUGAUCAAUAUGGUGAUGAUUUGGAUUCGAGAGCAUCUGGAGCAGGUUCUUCAGGAUUUUCAAGAGCCGGAGGUGGGUUAUUCGGGGAAGAAAUUGAUUCACAAGAUUUGUUUAAUAUGUUUUUCGGUGGAGGAGGAAACUUUCCUUUUUCCGCUGGAAAUCCUUUUGUUACAUCAUUUGGUGGUCCUCAAAUAAGAAUUCAUCAUUUCGGCGGUUCUGGUUGGAGAACUCGUACUAAUAGGCAACAUGGUCAAUCAGGACAAGGAUUAUUUGGAAUUUCAACUUGGAUUCAAUUAUUACCUUUCAUUAUUGUUGUUCUUUUCUCGAUUUUCUCAUCUUUUGCCACUUUCUUUAAUUCUGCAUUUUCUUUUUUCGGCUCUGGUAUGCCGUCUUAUUCAUUUACUCCUUCUCCACCUUUAACCGAAUUACGUUAUACUUAUUAUCAUCAUAUUCCUUAUUUCGUCGAUCCAUUAAAGGUUAAUUCUUUGUCACAAGUUAAAUUGUCCCGUCUUGAUAAAAAGGUUGAACUCAAUUAUAUCAAUGCUCUUCGUAUCAAUUGUGAACAUGAAAUUGAAGAAAGAAAACGCAGAAUGGAACAAGCUUAUGGGUUUUUUCGAGUUGAUAAAGACGCUUAUGAAAAGGCUAAAAAUAUGGUUCAAGUAUCUUGUAAUAGAUUAAGAGAAUUAGGCAUUCGGUAAUGGUCUGUCUUCAAAAGGUUGAUCCCCUUAUCCUUUUCUUGUAUAU